AUGACCUCAGUGUCCAUCUCUACCUCCCCAACACCAACGUACUCAACAACAUUGACCCCAAACUCCAUCCCAAUGACCCCAAACUCCACCUCCACAUCCCCACCACCAACUUACCCACCAACCACGACCCCAAACUCCAUCCUGAUGACCCCAAACUCCAUCUCUACAUCUCCAACUCCAACUUACUCAACAAUCUUGACCCCAAACUCCAUCCCAAUGACCCCAACACCAACAUACUCAACAAACUUGACCCCAACCUCCAUUCUGAUGACGCCAAACUCCAACCCAAUGACCCCAACCUCCAUCUCUAC